CAGAACGGGAGGGAGAAAGAGAAAGAAAGGCAAGAACUUUUUCCGACUGUUUUUUCUUCUCCCAAACAGAAAUUUCAUACAAAACGUGUUAACUUAGGCGCUUCAGGUAGCGAACGAAUGCAGCGAUAAACACAAGACAAGAAAGAAGAAGGAUAAACAAACGUUUGCGGAGAUCCCUCAGAUGCCUCUGUGCAACAGAUGACAGCAUUAAAAAUUACCACCGCGUGAAACCUGUGGCCCUUUGACACAACAGAGAUCUCCCCUUCAGCAUGACUUCUGAACUGGACUCUAGUUUGACCAGCAUUGACUGGCUUCCUCAGCUGGGAAUCAGCACUUUGCAAUCAGGGAAAGAAAGAGUGGAGCGAAAAAAAGAACGAGGACGAGAGAAGGGCAUCCCUCCCAUACCGACACCGUCCCCUGGUUCCAAUUCCAAAGUGAAACCCCCUCACAGCUACGCCACUCUGAUAGCCAUGGCGAUAAGUUCUGCUCCUGAAAUGAAGCUGAGUUUGAAUGAUAUUUACACAUGGAUCAGCAAUACAUUUCCUUAUUACAGCAGAGCAGGAAGAGGAUGGAAGAACUCAAUUCGACACAAUUUGUCCCUCAAUAAAUGUUUCCGGAAAGUUCCUCGACCACAGAGCGAUCCUGGGAAGGGCUCAUACUGGACGAUGGAUGUACCGCCUAACUCAACUCAACCCAGGGGAGUCAAACGUCCUUAUCCUAAAGAGGAGGAGGCUCCAUUCUCAGUGGCCCAAGUGCCUGUCUGUCAUGCAGAGCCCCUCCCACCUCAGCCAGACACCAAAAGCACGUUCUCUCCCCCUCCUUGCAAGCAACGUCCAAACAUCCCAGUACCUACAUCUCUUCCUUCGAACCCUCAUGCUGAUCCCUCUCUUCGAUUCUCCUUUGCUGAUUUGAACUUGCCAGAUCUGUACAAUUCCUUCCAGUCCCUCUGUCGCUCUGUGACAGAGAGAGUCACCUCACAAACGGACGUUACCAAUUUACAUGGACUAACCCAUGACAGUACACCGCUCCACACACCUACCCUGCCUCCUCUCUCCCCCUGCCCCUGUCCAAACUCUAAUAUGAACCAGUACACCAACCCCAAUCCUACUCUUUACCCAAACCUCAAUACCAACGGCAACUUCAACCCAAAUACACCCAAUACUAACUCUAGUUUUAUCCACAACCUAAACCCAAACCAGAACUCUAACAUUCAUCCAAACACCAACACUGAGCCUGAUAAGCUGCUGCACAAUAAUGCUGUUCCUGCAGAUUGGUUCAGUAACGCUGACUCUUUGAGAGAGAGUUUCAGAAUUGCUAGUAGUCUGGACUGGGCUAACAUUGAUCUCACCAGUCACCCUGACCUGGUAGAGAGCAUGCGGCAGGCUGAGCUCUGUGACUGGGCUUUGGAUUCGACGCUCUUCACCUCGCUCUGUGAUUCACUCAACCGUUUCUUCACUCAGAAGGGUCUCAUUAGUUCAUCUUCUGGUGGCCCCUCCUCUUUCGGACAAAUGGCCCCACCUCCUAUGAAUAUGCCGCCCACUAACCCUCCCAGCCUGGCUAGUUUAACUCAACCCUCUCCACUCAUCUACUCCUCUCAGCUCCCUCCUGGCACUGGUGAAUCUCCCCUCCAAAGUCCUAGGAGAAGCCUGACUCCUCACACCCAGAACCAGACAGCACAGAGAUCCCUGGGGCUGCAGCCCACCACGAGCCAGCCUCUGACUCCUAACGCACUUCAAACUCAACCCCUGACCCCAACAGGACGUCCACACUUGAAGAAAGUCAACAGUGAGGAAAUCCAGGAUGAUUUCGACUGGGAUUCUUUGAUUGAAUAAUUUUGUUUGCAGAUAAAUACACCGUAAAGAAAACAUGAGCCAAUUAUUGAGAAAAGGCACGAGUAUCUGUCAAAAAGGAGGUGAGGCUAACUCAUUCAUCUUGUUUCAUUUAUAUGUGGAACAAAAGCAGCACCAUCGUAACAAUGAUCAUCAUUCAGCUGUUUGUUUCCUUUGGUUGUUAUGGCACAGUGUUGCUGCUAUAGUCAACUGCAUGUUGAAGUGCUGGAGAAUAAUAAUAGCCAGCACCAAAUUGUGAGGUUAACCAAAACUUGCAAUGCAAAAUAUUUAUCAUGUUUGUUCCUGAACUGCUCCAGACCUUGAAGGUUGGGGUGGAUCGAUCCACGCCAGGCUGCCUUUUAUGUCAGCGUAUUACAAUGUAAAUAGCAUUAGCACUUCCAAAACCUUAGCCAAUUGACAAUGGCUCAGUUUUUGCUGAAUGUUGAUAGAGGCUUUCCUGACACUUUAGUCAAUUUAAUAGCUAUUGAAAGAACUUUUUGACCAAAGACAAUCUUAAAUUGCACCUUUUCAACAAAUUGCAUGUACACUAACAAUUUGUGGGAGGAUAAAUGCAGUUUAACAGUACACUGAGGUAUAUUAUGGAAAUACAUAUGGGUGUAUUUUGACUGAAAUCAAUUAUGACAUUUAUUGCUUUAUAUUAUUACACUUUGUCACAUAGCAAAUCUCCUUAGAGAGCCAAUGUCUUCUGUCUUCAAUUAAAAACAAAAUAA